UCUUCCUACAUCAAACGCGUUUGCACGCAAGCGAAAAGCUAAUAUAAACAAUACAACCAGAAACAAGAAAGACUCUGUUUUCGGCGUCUUCUUCUUCUACAUAUUUCCAUUUCAAUUUCUUCAUCUAGAAGCUUCUUCCUUUUCUCUUCUUCCAUUCCGAUCGUUCCAAUUUCAACUCAAUGGCUACGAUCGGACACACCAACCUCAACGCCAAAUUGGUUCUUCUUGGUGAUAUGGGUGCUGGAAAAUCCAGCCUUGUUUUGCGUUUUGUUAAGGGUCAAUUCCUUGAAUUUCAGGAAUCAACAAUAGGGGCAGCAUUUUUCUCCCAGACGUUGGCAGUAAAUGACGCCACAGUGAAAUUUGAGAUUUGGGACACAGCAGGACAAGAGAGAUACCAUAGCUUAGCUCCCAUGUACUAUAGAGGCGCUGCUGCUGCUAUCAUUGUCUAUGAUAUUACUAACUUGGAAUCAUUUACACGAGCGAAGAAAUGGGUCCAAGAGCUUCAGAAGCAAGGGAAUCCGAACAUGGUCGUGGCUUUUGCUGGUAACAAAGCUGACUUGGAAGAUAAGAGGAAAGUGACAGCUGAAGAAGCACGUGUAUAUGCUGAGGAAAAUGGUUUGUUUUUCAUAGAGACGUCUGCCAAAACUGCAGCCAAUGUUAAUGACAUAUUUUAUGAAAUAGCCAAGAAGUUACCAAGGGCACAGCCUGCGCAAAACCCAGCAGGGAUGGUUCUUGUUGAUAGACCCGCUGAAGGAACCAGAGCUGCAUCAUGUUGUUCAUAAUUAUUUAUUUUGCAUGUUCACCUUAGUUAAACUCGUUUUCUGUGUUUUUGUGUAUACAAUACGCACUUCGAAUCUUGGAUUAUGCAAAGCUCCAACAAGUUUAUGGGCUGCAAAUUACAUGAUGUAACUUGUUGGUUUGAAUUCCCUUGAUGUUGAAUUUUAUUCUGAUGAUCUGUUAUGUAUAUAGGGUGAAAUGCUUGAAACAUGAAAGUCAAGCUCGUUGUUUUAUUUUUUUCAAUAUUUAUUUUCUGAAUGUUGCAACUUCAA